AUGUCUAAAACUCUGAUUACCACCCAGAACUUGUUGGGCCUUGCUGCACUGUGGCUUAUAUACCAACUUCUCAAGAUUCUCUACAAUGUGUCGCCGUUUCAUCCAUUGGCUCAUAUUCCCGGGCCCAAGCUCGCCGCAGCGACAUAUCUACCCGAAUUCUAUUACGACGUGAUCCUUUUUGGUCGAUACACCCACCAAAUUAAGGAUAUGCACCGCAAAUAUGGGCCUAUUGUCCGCAUCAACCCGAAUGAGAUCCAUUGUAAUGACCCCAACUUUGCGGACGACAUUUAUGCUGUGGGUGGCCGGAAGCGGGAUAAGCCACAACAUCAAAUCAACGGUGCAGUCCUUGGAAAGUCCGGCUUUGGCACUAGCGACCACGACCUGCAUCGCACUCGGAGGAUACCUCUCGCCAAAUUCUUCUCGCGAGCCAUGAUAACGAGAUUAGAGGGCGACAUGCACGAGCUCGUCCAGAAGCUCUGCGACAAGCUGCUUGCCGAAUCCGGCAAGAAAGAGCCGGUCGACAUUACCGUGGCGUAUAGUUGUUUCACUUCGGAUGCCAUUUCUGGCUACUGCUUUGGUGAAAGCUUUGGGUUUUUGGAGCAGGAAGGGUGGUAUCCUAACUUCCGCGAUCCCACGGCCGCUACUUUAAAAGUCUCCUUCUUCCUCCGCUUCUUUCCUUGGAUGGCAUCUCUUUUGGUGAUCGGCCACUGGUUGAUCAACUUGUUGCCGGCCGACAUCGCUCUUCUCAUUCAGGUAAUGCAGAUCGACAUGCCGAUGCGGGUGAUAAAAACAAAAACCGACCUCGACUCGGGGAUACAAUACAAACGCCCGACUGUAUUCGGGUCUCUGCUACAUUCGGAACUCGACCAAUCUGAAAAGGAGCCGGAACGCUUGGCCGCCGAGGCUGGAGCCGUGAUGGGGGCUGGUACUGAAACGGCCAGUUGGGCACUUGCCGUCAUCACCUUCCAUUUGCUGACGAAACCUCAUCUGUUGGAAAAGCUUCAAAGCGAGCUGCGCCAGGUUGUUGAUAGCAGCAACCCCAGGAGUCUCCCUCCCUGGUCCGUGUUGGAGACUUUGCCAUAUAUGAACGCGGUCAUCCAGGAGGGCUUGCGACUUUCGUACGGCGUGUCUGGCCGGACCGCUCGGGUUGCCACACAAGAGGACCUGGUGUAUCGUGGAACUUUUGACAAGAACCCGGUCGAAUACGUAAUCCCUCGCGGCUACGCUGUUGGAAUGUCUGCUGCUAUUGCGCAUCACGAUGAAAACGUAUAUCCCGAGUCGUACGAAUUCAUUCCUGAACGGUGGCUGGAUGGGAACAGCAAGAAGAGAGAUGCUGAGCGCGCCAGUCUGUCCUUUUCCAAGGGGAGCAGGUCUUGUCCGGGCAAGAGCCUGGCUCUUGCCGAGAUGAACUUGGCCUUGGCGGCACUCGCUAUACGUGUGCUCCCCCACGCUACUCUCUAUGAGACGACUUACGAAGAUGUGCUAUAUGACCAUGACAUGUUCAUCCCUAGGGCUAAGAAGGGGAGCAAGGGUGUCAGGGUCAAGAUCAACUAAGUCGUAUUUGGCUGGCGAUGAAGAAGUUCCUGUACAAAAUAAUAUUGGUAUAGAAGUAGAUAGAGCCAAAGUCAGG